GCGAGCGAGCGAAGAGCAGAGCGGAGCUCCAGCCUCGUCGCCGACUCUGUCUCCCCCACUCUCUCCCUCUGUCUUCCGCUCGGAAGAAACAGCGGCAAGCUGCUGCAUCUGCUCAAGCAGCAGCAGCAGCAGGCGCGGCAAGGAAAUCGUCCUCGUCAUCUGCUCGCAUUCUCCUCUCACUCUGUCGUCGCGCUGUCAUCAUCUGUUCUGCUGCUGGUCGAUCGCGAGUUGCAGUGCUCGCUCGCUCGCUUGCGCGCAAGGGAGUGGCAGACGGAAGCACGGACGGAAGGGAAGGAGGGAGAGAUGGGGAGAGAGAGAAACGGACGGACGGAGCGCCCGCUCGAUCCCUGUCAUUUUGUCCUACGAUUGAUUCGACCGACUACCGACUCUGCCGAGUGAUCGAUUGGGAGCGACGAGUCAAAGGCUGCCGAUUGAUUGAGGAUAUUGAUGCCUGGAUGACGGUCCGGGGCCUUCAGUAACAGGGUGAAGGCGACAAUACUCAGAGAAUCAUCGAAUUUUGGUCGGGGAUCUCCCAAGGAAAGAGGGAAGAGUCGGUCCGACGCUUGGAUUGGUUGGUUGGUUCGGUUCGAGGGAGGAGGCUGGGCUAGACUGCAGUGCUGUGCUGUGCAGUGCAGUGGACAGACUGGACUUUUGGGGUCCCUCUCUCUCGAUUUGUUCGGUGGUGGCGGAGGGGAGGCAGGCAGGCAGGGAGGUAGGCCGCAGACUGGUCUGCUGAAACUGCGUGCUGAUUUUGAAGGGGGACGGAUAAUGUCUGAUGGCGUAGAUGAUGUGCAUCUACGCUGCGUUAUCAGGCAGGCUCGGGCUCGGGCUUGCUAGUGGGAAGCAAGGCAACCAAUUUUGUGAGUUCGCAAGUCUGUGAGACUAUUAUUCGGUGAAGUUUCCAAGGCUUUGUUGUUGAUGUUGUUUGUGGCGAUGGCUCCUUCAUCAUCAUCUUCAAAGCAGGUGGUGGGGGAGUAAGGGCAGCGAAUGAACGCACGAAGAUGCCCGUGGAUCUUGCUGCUGCCUCUCGUCGCAAUUGGCCUUCUUCUAGGCUUCCAAAGAAAAUAUUAUUGCGAGCUAUGUGUUAUUCGUGAUUGUUGGGGUAGAAUGACAGUUUGAGUCCGUUGGUGAAGAGAAGGUUCUGCCCUUUCCCUGCAUGCAGCAGCCCCUCACAUGCUCGUCGGCAGUUUGUCGUACACCCGCGCAUGCCACCACCAGAUUUGACGAGGAAAUGAGCCGACGAUGGAGGAUUCUCUCCUGAAGUCUGUGCAAGGAGGACCAGAAGAAAAUUGAAUUACCAUGCUCUGCUUUCCAUUUUCAGGAGAUUAUCUGCAGCACUGGAUGGGGAGCAAGCCAUGACAAAACCCUACGCAUGUAAAUGUGUAUUUUGCGGAAACUGGGACUUGGCAAAGUGAGGAGAACCAUUGAUCGAGCUGGCUGCUGUGGCUCGUUCAAGAGGCGAGGAGAAUACUGGCCAGACCCUUUCGCGCAGGAGUGGAAAGAAAUACUGCUACCUAUUGUAUACAAGGGUUGAUGAAUCUAGAUUCAAGAAGGAAAUUCCGACCUAACGAUAUGCUUGGAGGUGGAGAGAAGCCCUUACACGGAGCAAGGCGUAAAAUAUGAACCGAAGCAUACAAUCGAGUUUUGAUUAUAUCUUAACGGUUCAAUUGUUGGAUCACUUUUUUAGCGAAUGCCUCGUAUUCAAAACUUGGAGACAUUUCCAGCUUUUCAGGUUCCCUAGGCCAGUAAUAUCUGGAGCCAAUGUAUGAAGGCGAUCCUUGACCAAAGAAUGAGGGAUGACAGUAAGGUGCAUCUGUCAGAUUUGAGGUUUAUUGAUCUAAUCAUCGAAAGACCUCAAGGCCUGUUAAAUCAUGAGGCGGGCACAGGCAGUCGGAGUUGGGUCUUGGCAUCACCAACUCCUAGUGCUGCUACUCUUGCUGCUGCCCAUACUCGCUUGCGAUGACCUUUGUGACCAGUUUGGGCUUUGUUCCAAGAGUAACGCAAGCACCUGCAGCCGAAAUCCGGUGCCUCCUUGGUCGAAAGAUAUCCUUCAUCGGCGUUGCGGAGCAUCAUGCCCAGAGAAGUUUUUUCCAGUGGACCAAAUCACCUGUCACAUGCACGAGGCUGGUACAUCUCGCCGAGAAUCCGCGGAUCCUCCCUCAGAUACUCGAAAUGAGGCCGGUCUCUCUGAGGAUAUUGAGCAAGAAGAAAAUCUGCGGGUAAUUGGUGAAGUAGCAAAUGAAUACAUUGUUCGAUUCAGGGAGUACCAAGACGCACUAGCACAUCGACGUGCCCUUGAACAAGCCGUGGGAGCAGAGGGCUGGGAAUGGGUUGAUCGCAAUAACCCUGCCUCAGCUUUCCCUACUGAUUUCGGGCUGCUGAGAAUUCCAGAUUCUCAGCGGGAGCCAGUAUUGAGUCGAUUAUCAGGUGCAAGCAUCGUUCGGGACGUUUCUCACCAAAUGAAAUUUACCCGAGGACUAGCUUCCGAAUCGGAGACUGAUACCCAAAAGCCCACUUCUGCCUCCAAACUGACGUCAUCAAAAGGCAGUAGGAAAAGUGGCCGGGAAACGAGCACAAUUGGAGACAGUGCAGGUCCUUCAAAGACGGGGAAGAUGGAUGUCACUUCUGACUUGAAGGAUCGGGUAGAUGAGUUGUAUCACACCGAAAAGCCACCAGGUCGUCUCAAGACGGGUUUGUCAAUUGAAGAUGAGAUGCCGGCAAACUGGAAACUUGGCAGUGAAAAUAUAUCCUUAGCUGAUCAUAGCCGCCGUCUCUUGUUGCAGAGAUCUCAAAUCACUUCCAUGUUCGAAGCUGAAAGGUUGUGGGCCAAAGGUCACACAGGCAGUAAAGUAAAGAUGGCAGUUUUUGAUACUGGAGUUCGAUCUGAUCACCCUCAUUUUCGCAACAUCAAGGAAAGAACAAAUUGGACGAAUGAAAAGGAUACACUAAAUGACAAUCUUGGACACGGGACAUUUGUUGCUGGCGUUAUCUCAAGUCAAGAUCCUCAGUGCUUGGGGUUUGCCCCAGACGCCGAGAUAUACGCGUUUCGCGUUUUCACUGACGCACAGGUUUCCUACACGUCUUGGUUUCUAGAUGCAUUCAACUAUGCCAUUGCGACAAAGAUGAACGUGCUGAACUUGAGCAUAGGUGGUCCUGACUACUUGGAUAGUCCUUUUGUUGAGAAGGUCUGGGAAAUGACCGCGAACAACAUCAUCAUGGUUUCUGCUAUUGGCAACGAUGGGCCUCUCUAUGGCACCUUAAAUAAUCCAGCAGAUCAGAGCGAUGUAAUUGGCGUCGGUGGUAUUGAUUACAGCGAUCAUAUCGCAUCUUUCUCCUCGCGGGGGAUGAGUACUUGGGAAAUUCCACACGGAUACGGACGAGUGAAACCAGAUAUUGUGGCGUAUGGGCGGGAGGUUAUUGGUUCGAAGAUCACCACUGGAUGCAAGAGCUUAUCCGGGACAAGUGUGGCAAGUCCAGUGGUGGCCGGUGCCGUUUGUUUAUUGGCCAGCGUCGUGCCAGAGGACAAACGAUGGGAUAUCUUGAACCCUGCAAGUAUGAAACAAGCCCUUGUUGAAGGUGCAACUCGUCUAGUAGGACCAAACAUGUAUGAGCAAGGUGCUGGCCGAUUGAAUCUGUUGAAGUCUUACGAGAUCCUGACGAAUUAUAGCCCACGCACAAGUAUUCAUCCAAAGACCCUGGACCUCACUGAUUGUCCGUACGCUUGGCCCUUUUGUCGCCAGCCUAUGUACGCUGGUGCCAUGCCUGUUAUAUUCAAUGCUACUAUCCUGAAUGGAAUGGGAGUGGUUGGCUACCUUGAGUCUGCUCCAAAGUGGACACCUUUUGGGAGUGCAGGGCAUCUACUAGAUAUACAAUUCACAUACUCGGAUGUGAUAUGGCCUUGGACUGGCUAUUUAGGUUUGCACCUUCGCAUCAAGCCAGAAGGAAAUAGGCACUUAGGAAUAUUGGAGGGAAAUAUCACUUUCACCGUUGUUUCUCCUCCGGCGAAAGGGGAGUAUGAAUCUCGAAGGUGCGAAUGCAGUUUGCCUCUGAAAGUUGCUGUUGUUCCGACUCCUGCACGCGAAAAGAGAAUCCUCUGGGAUCAGUUUCAUAGUGUUAGAUAUCCUCCAGGUUACAUACCUCGUGACUCACUUGACGUUCGGAACGACAUUCUCGACUGGCAUGGAGACCACCUUCACACGAAUUUCCACGGUAUGUUUGAUAGUCUGCGGGAUGCCGGGUAUUUUUUGGAGAGCCUGGGUUCGCCCUUAACCUGCUUUGAUGCGAAUCAGUACGGAACGUUGUUGAUGGUUGACCUCGAAGAUGAAUAUUACGAAGAGGAGAUUGAAAAACUGAAGGAUGACGUUCAAAGACGUGGACUCGGUCUCAUAGUAUUCGCGGAUUGGUACCAUGUGGAUACCAUGGUCAAGAUGAGGUUCUUUGAUGAUAAUACUCGCAGCUGGUGGACUCCAGCUACAGGUGGGGCUAACAUUCCUGCGCUGAAUGAUCUUUUGUCACCUUUUGGCAUCGCGUUCGGCGAUACAAUUUUGAAUGGGGCCUUCUCUAUAGGGGGUGAGAGAGCACAUUACGCCUCAGGCACGGAUAUCAAAAGGUUUCCCGCGGGGGGUUUCGUGCAUCGGUUUCUCUUCCAAGAUUCUUCUGGAGCGAAUUCUGGAAUUACUUCAUCGCGCACAUCUGUGAAAGCUCAGGUGGAGUCGGCCAUCUUAGGAGCUGUGGAAGCUGGACGAGGCCGAAUUGCCGUGUAUGGAGAUUCGAACUGUUUGGAUAGCAGUCAUAUGGUGACGAAUUGCUACUGGCUUUUGAAGAAGCUCCUGGACUUUACGAGUUACAGGAUUCGAGACCCCAUUCUUCUACCUCUUACCAACGAGCUGUUGGUUCCCAUAGGGUCGCCUGAUACUUUGCUUCCAAGUCGGCGGACCGAUGUAAAUUUUACGACGUACUCCCUAGUAUUGGGUCACCGUUUGCAAUGCGGUAUGGACGCUCCUCUUGUAGUUCAAGGUUCGAAAGGUUUUCUAGCUCAACCAGAGACUGUCAUGCCUGCGCGAUUAGGAGACCCGAAUGUGACACCAGGAUCAACCUCCCUGCCUCAACGUCAACCGAUGACAAGUAGCCAAAGAGGGCCGGCAACUCCCUCCUUGUCCAAUGCUGGAGACGGAAAUUUUUCAGUAAUAAGUUCUACAGUAGAUGGGGACAUUGGAUCUGAGACACCUCCAAUACACCGGACUCCUGAUAGUAAGAACGGUAACCAUGUACAGUUAGAAGGAAAUGUUCUAAAUUCCACGGAUAGUGACGUAAAAACUUCUGAACCACACAGUGAAAAGACUUCAGGAGAGCUGUCAAGAGAACGAGAGAACUAUGACGGAAGUAUACUGACGAUGAAAGCAGCCGGUGAGAGUAACAAAGGACGAAUGGGAUUUGGCAUAGGUUGGCGCCGCGACGAGCUUGAUAGCACCGCGUUGGUCGUACAAUGGCUUGUACCAUUCUUCCUUUGUUUCACAGGUUUUGUUUUAAUAUGGAGCUUGUGGCGUGUGAGGCAAAGAAAACGUCGGCGAGCUAAGAAGGGAUCGGCAAGGUCUCUACUUUUCCUUUAGGAGUUAAAACAUAGCGCAAUUGGGACAAGCAACUCAACUGCGCCAUUGAAAGUGGGGUCCGUAAUUUAAGAACGGCUCACUGUAGAGCAAUUGUAGAUCUAUAUUCAUUGAUUGUGACAUCCAAUCUAAAAUGAGGUUCAUGUAUUCAAGUUAUGUCGUUAGAAGGCGGCAUGUCACAAAGAUUUUGCUACCUAGCUACAACCCACUCCCUUAGUGCUCUAAGUUAGUCGAAAUUGUUCCUCAGCUGAAGUGCUUUGUGUACUGCUUAAUUGUAAAGAGUUUGUAUGGCAGUUUGACACUG